AUGGCUGCCGAUUCUCAAGUAGAAAUCAAGCACUAUGCUGUGAUCUUAUUCGAAGGUUUCCAGGCUCUGGAUGUCUUCGGCCCUCUUGAUGCUCUCAAUAUUACCUCUCUCGACAAUGGCAUCAAACUCUCCAUCAUUGGGCCAACGCUGAGCCCUGUGAGCACAAAACCACCUCCGCUUCCAACUGUCAACCUGAAGCCAGGAUGGGGCUUCUCCGAAAGCGUGGUACCUACACACACCUACGCAAAUCCACCUACAGAUAUCGAUGUUCUCAUUGUCCCAGGCGGUCUGGGCACGAGUGACCCUUCCAACAUCGAGCCAGCCGUCCAGCUCACUCGCAAACUAUACCCGGACGUUAAAUAUGCAUUCAGCAUCUGUACGGGCGCAAAAGUGCUCGCCGCAGCAGGCCUGUUGGAUGGGAAGAAGGCAACGACAAACAAGAGAAGAUACGAGGAUACGAUAAGGCCAUACUCGCAGGUCCAAUGGCAGAGGAGCGUCAGAUGGGUGGUAGACGGGAAUAUCUGGACAUCCUCUGGUAUCAGUUCUGGUAUUGACGCCAUGCUCGCCUUUAUUGGGGCGGUAUAUGGCAGGGAAUUUGCACUUACGGUAGCUAAGAGGAUGGAGUACCGUUGGGUGGAGGAUCCGGCGGAUGACCCAUUUGCGGCCCCAGAAUCGAGCUCCUGA